UGCCUCUAGAGCUUGAACACAAGUGCAGCCUUUAUAUAGAUAGCAGAAAAACCCAACACGAGACAAGGCUUCGUGUGCACGAGUGAGCCUCCCAUCCUUCCAUAAAGUACUGAGUGACCCCUCUGCGCAGGAUCUCUUGGUACCUUGGACUGACGGACUCCUUGACACACGGGAACCUAGAAUCAACCGGACCUCUCUGACAAAAGCUACCACUUUGUCAACGUAUAUUCCUUGAAUGGCGCAAAAUUCUUAUGACUACUUUUGCACCAACACAACUCGCGCAGGAGCGUGUUUUUGGAUUCGGACCACGAGGAAGUUCCAGACUCCCUCCGGUUGAGUCUAUCGGGUUUUUUUUUUUCCUCAUUUGGAAAGCGGGCGCAACACUUCCACCAUGAUCGCCGUGCUCUGAAGGGAGAUGGAUUUAGAGGAAGGGGAGCUAAACGGCUCCUCUUGUAUACCCCGGAAUGAGAGCGGCACCGGACUGAGCGCCUCGGCCGGACUGUCCACUGCGCUGGCCAGCGUGCUGAUCUUUACCAUCGUGGUCGAUAUUCUGGGAAACGUGCUCGUCAUUCUGUCCGUGUACAGGAAUAAGAAGCUAAGGAAUGCAGGCAACAUCUUUGUGGUGAGCCUGUCGGUUGCAGACCUGGUGGUGGCGCUGUACCCCUACCCUUUGGUUCUGACGGCCAUCUUCUAUGACGAGUGGACCAUGGGGGACCUGCACUGCCAGGCGAGUGGCUUCGUCAUGGGCAUAAGUGUCAUCGGCUCGAUCUUCAACAUCAUGGCUAUUGCCAUCAACCGCUACUGCUACAUCUGCCACAGCUUACAAUAUGACCGUGUGUUCAGCCUGAGGAACACCUGCUGCUACUUAGGUCUGACCUGGGUUUUCACCGCCAUCGCCACGGUGCCCAACUUUUUUGUGGGAUCGCUGCAGUAUGAUCCUCGCAUCUACUCCUGCACUUUUGCCCAAACUGUGAGCUCAUACUACACAAUUUCAGUGGUGGUCAUCCACUUCCUGAUUCCACUGUUGGUGGUGUCUUACUGCUACCUGAGGAUAUGGGUGCGGGUGAUCCAAGUGAAGCACCGGGUGAAACCAGAGCAAAGAGCCAAACUAAAACCCAGUGAUGUAAGGAACUUCCUGACUAUGUUUAUGGUAUUUGUUUUAUUUGCUGUGUGCUGGGCACCGCUGAAUUUUAUAGGCUUGGCGGUAGCAAUAAAUCCAGCUAAAGUAGCACCAAACAUACCCCAGUGGCUAUUUGUUACCAGCUACUUCAUGGCAUACUUCAACAGUUGCCUCAACGCCAUCAUAUAUGGAUUACUCAACCAAAACUUUAGAAAAGAAUACAAGACAAUUCUCCUUGCUCUGUGCGUCCCACGUUUACUCCUGGUGGAAACCUCUAGAUGUGCCACAGAGGGCCUAAAGAGUAAACCCUCAGCUGCUGUAACAAACAAUAAUGUAGCGGAGAUAAAUGUGUAGCAGGAAUGUUGUCCUGGGGAAAAUCGGGAAUGUUGUGUUCACCCAGUGCCUUUGGACAUGGUGUGUAUUAUUUGCAUGUAAUUCCCUUUUCAAUAGCACUUAUCCUGUAGACUAGGCGUGUCCAAACUACAGCAGUGGGCCAACUGCGGCCCACUGCUUCUUUUUUAUGGGCCCGCAGUAAAUUAUGAAAUAUCAUUGAAUAUGGCCCACAUAAGAAGCUGAAAUUCAGCCUACAUUUUGUUACACUUCUAAGCUUUAAAACACUAGAUGGAGUUGUUCACCUAAACAGUGCCAUUAGUUUAGGAUUAAAAUCAAUGUGAAACUGAAGAAUUUCAGUAUUAUGUUUUACAUGAUUCCCUGCUGUUUACAGCUUUAGACACGAAAUCCAUUUCAACUGGGAAGGAUGGCUUUGAGCGAUGUUUCACUGCCAUUGACGGUGAUCAACGUCCAAUCCAUUUUGACUGGGAGGUCUGCAGUCAAAUUGGAUUGGAUGUCUAUCACCAUCAAUGGCAGCCAAUAAGGUUAUACACAGGGAUGCAUCUGGGAAAUUAAAAAAGGGGCCAGUUGGCCCCCUUGUGUGUGAAAAAUUCUAAAAUUGAUGGGGACGAUUUAACUAGAUUGCCGAAGUAUACAAAACUGAUCGAAAUAAAUCAAAAUACAUUCAUUGGAGCAUGAUAUUUCUAAAUUGCAAAUGAAAAAACCAUUAUUUGAGUAAAAUCUAUUUUUCUAAUAUAUGAACAAACAAUUUUAAUUCAAGUCAAAGAAUUUUCAUACCUUAGCCACGUGUAUUUCUUCAGCCACUCUUUCCGAAAAACGUGAUCAUAUUUUUUCGUAUCACCAUUGUCAUUAUCACCAACGUUCGUAAUAGGUUCGUUUUCUUCAUCAAAAUAAUCCAUAUUGUCAGUUUUCAUGCGUUUCUCUGGUGGCGGCAACGUUGGGGUGACCAUAUUUUGAUUUCCAAAAAGAGGACACUCGGCCCGGCCUCGAGAUACUUGAAUUUUACUCGAAGAUCACUCAAAGAUGCGUAUAUCUCCCACUUUUUUUUCACUCAACAGGCUUUAUUCUCCCUAAAAAAAAUAAUCAAACAAUUAAAAAAAAAAAAAAAUUACGAUCACGACAAUUGUCGUUGACAAAAUGUUAUUCCCACUCAAUUUUUAUUCUCAUACAAUGUUCUAAAUUGUACGCAAACAAUAACUGAAAUAAACUGACAAGCGAUUCAACCAGCAUGUUUCCAAACGCAGCAGUUCAAAUUCAAAACUACAUUGCCCAUAAUGCCUAGCGCAGCUGAGCUCACGGAUUGCUAACCUAUUAGCGAAUACGGGAGCCGAGGCAAAAUCAGACUUUGCUAUAAAAGUUUACUACCAUCGGCAGCGCAAAGAUGCGACAACAAACGGGAUUUUACGGAUUACACCAGUACAAAUCUCCGACAGAAGUCAAUAGUUGCCAUUAUAUACGUAUUUAUCGUAAAAAAAAAAAAAACUCAUAAGCAACACAGCUAUUUAGCUAUACUAGCAUUCAACCACUAACUAACGCAGAACAAUUACAAGACUCAUACAAUAUACUGCAUCUCUGUGUACACAUAUAACCCUAUGUACAACAGAAGACACGUGAUCGACAUUAACAGGAGAAACUUACAGAAAGGUGUAUGGAGCCACGUCUUUUAGAACUUCUUAUUGAACUCCUUACUGUAGUCUGAGCUCUCGCAAAACCGUCAGUAGAUGGUGGUAAUUCCCCAUGAAACAAAGGGUGAACUGCCAACAAAAAAGAAGAAGAAGAUCUACUCCUUCUCCCGCCCCUACUAGUAGGAGCAACGUCAACGCAGGCAAGCGCUGCCGCCUAGCGGCCGGAGGAAUUCUCUUCAAGUUGGUCCCGUAAAAAAAAUCAUAAAAACCGGACAUUUUUAUGAAUUUAUAAAACCCACCAGGACAACGUGGAUACUGCGUGAAAGUAGGACUUGUCCGGGCAAAAGAGGACGUUUGGUCACCCUAGGCAACGUUUCACUAUCCAAAGUUUCAUCUGCUUUCGAAUCAUUCCCAUUAUCCACUAAAUUCGAAUCAUUAACAGCAGUUUGCUGCAAUGAAUUGUCACUACCCUCCGCAGACUUAUUCGAUUGUUUCUUAAAAAACGAGAAUGUUUGUUUGCUGCCUGUUUUUAAUGUCUUUGAGAGUUUUACUCCUGUUCUCACGCUCCAUAUUGCAACCAUCCGCCAUGUUCAAUGUAAAUACUGCAAUGCACCAUGGGUAAAUGAAUAUUCGAUUAUCUCUUUCGGAAGUUUCCGGCGGAUUACGGAAAAGCUCGAGAUAGCCUCUACCACGACUUUGGAACGCACCGAAAAAAAUGCAAGGUGGUUAUGGCUAAAUAUCGGUAAGGCAAUAUGGCAGACGACGAAAGUUAAAACCUCUUAAGAAAAACAAACUGUUUUCAAUUGCUGUUUAACUAAAUUUAUUUCUUUAGCUAUUUUAACAGAAGUAUGUCAUAUGUGGCACAGAUCAUAUAGCAAUAUGCGCCAAUCGUAAUAGACUUGUGCCGGUGCUGGCGCAGUGGAGUUACAAAGUUGUGAAAGUGGCUGUCAAAAUGCGUAAAUGGCGCAAGGGCGCGGCCCAGAUGCAUCCCUGUAUACAUGUAGUCCCCAGGUUACGAACGAGUUCCUUUCUUACGCUAGCGAUGUAACCCGAAUUUUCGCGUAAAUCGGAAUUAACCCUUUAACUCAUUUACUCCCAAAAACGUUUAAAUACGUUCUAUUUUUAAUUGUUUAAGUGUCCCAAAAAUGUAUUUAUACGUCUUUUACAUUUUGUUGUUGUUUAUUUUUCCACAAGAGACAUCUCUGGGUUCUGAUGCAAGUUCGCUCCAAAGCACAACGCUCAAAAUCCAUUUUAAAGCAAUAAAACUGGCCACUGGAGGGCAUUAGCGCAUUUGGUAAGAACUCAUUUCGGACCGUGAAAGGAAAUGAAUGAAGAGAAAUAGUCAGGAAAUGGAAGUUGGAAGAAGUAAGAAGCGUGAGAAAAAUGUGGAGAACGAUGUAAACACAAGGCACAUGCCCCACACAAGUUCCCUAGGUGAAUUCUGUUAUGAGGUAGUGGUCACUACAAAAGAAAGAUUCAAAAAAAUCUAUCUUGAUGAGACAGACUGGCGGUGAUGAGGGGAAAAUUUACCCCGUCUGCUAAUACAGCCGCGGCCACAACAGUGUCAUCUCUCAGUUCAAUAGUUUAGUUAUGUGUAAAUAAACUGUUACUUUGCUAUCAAAUGCUCUAUUUGUGUUGUUGUUCAUGUUAUUUUGUAGAAGGAAAACAUUAUUCAGAUGUUUGGGAUUUCACAGAAGCAAAAAAUAGCUGUGUUAAAGUCAAAUUUAUGUUUGAAAUGUAUGCUUUUACAAAAAGCUCAAUUUCUCUGUUUUUUCAUCAGAAAUUGGAAAAUUGCUCAAACUAAGCUAUUUUCUAAUGCUGAUAUCUAAAAAUUGGAAAAAGAUAUGAACUUACUUUUUUUCCCCUGGUGAAAGAAGAGAGUCUAAUGUUUCCUUUGGUGGGUUCCAUUUUUAUAUAGCAACAGAACAGAAUUUUCUGUGGGCCUUGCAAAAUCAGUCAAAAUCCAGUAAAACGGCCGGGAGCGAAGGGGGUUGCGCCGGUGAAAAUGUCUGGGAGUGAAUGAGUUAAGUACCUAAAUACCCCCUAAAUCUCAAAAUACCUAUCCAAAAACAUGUACAGUGGGGCAAAUAAGUAUUUAGUCAACCACUAAUUGUGUAAGUUCUUCC